UGAAGGGUUUAGUUUGCGAAAGGUCCAAAAACCCAUAACCUGGACAUGCCAGCAUUUCCCAGAGCUGCAAAACCCCUCCACUCUCCCUCAAAACCCAAAACCAAAAUCACGGAGAAAACCAAGACGCCAUGGGAAGCCGACUGGGGAGUAGAGUAGUCCACUUCCCGAACUUACCCAUCAAGCUCCUAAUGCCCACGAGCUUCACCAACAUCAGAGAAUUCGCCCUCAAAACCAUCCCCUCCGCCUCCAAGAUCGAAAUCAAGCGCGUCCUCGAGUCCCUCUACGGCUUCGAGAUCGACAAGGUCCGAACCCUAAACAUGGACGGCAAGAAGAAGAAGCGCGGCGGCCUGCUGAUCGCGAAACCAGACUACAAGAAGGCCUACGUCACGCUGAAGUCACCGCUCUCGCUGAACUCGGCGCUCUAUCCGAUUGGUGCUAUUGAGCAGGAGAAGAAGCAGAUGGUGGGGAAGAGGUCGAGCAAGUCUAGCGUCGUCGAGGAAGGCGAGGGGAGGAAGCAUUGGCUGGAUGGGAAGGAGGAGAAGGAGGAGGUGAGGAGGGGGAGAUAUGAGAGGGGGUCUCCGGUUUUCGGCGACGGCAAGGAGAAGUUUCCAUGGAGCAAUAUGAGGUUUCGCUAGGUGCUUUGGCUGAUGGUAAAUUUGGGUUCCUUUUUUUUUUUUGAAUCAAAACUUGAGUACUAGUAGUUUGAUGAAUUGUGGCAGUGAAGUGUGGACAGUGCCUGAGCAUUUAGCUUUUGAUUAAUAAAAGCGAAUACUAUUGAUGGUUAAUCUUGUUUGAUUCGGCAUGGUUUUGUUUUACUCGGAGAUUGCGGUGUUCAUAUGCUGGCAGUACUUAUAAAGGUUUAAACUGUUGAGGUUAGAACUUGAUUCUAGCAACGUGAGCUAUUGUCCAUUAGUAUUGUAAUGACGUGAGAGAUAUUGAUAUGAGAGGAAGUUAUUGCUUGAUGAACAAAUUGAUAUAUAGUCCAAUUGACAGUUCA